AUGGAAGAAGCUGUGAGCAAUGCCACCGUUUGCAGCCAUGACUUUGGGUUCGAACAGGCCAACGCCUCCCUUUCCUGGCCAAGCAUAUCUGGAAGUGGCCCAGAGACGGUGAUUGUGCCUGUGUUGUUUGGGGUGAUCUUCCUCCUGGGCAUGGUGGGGAAUAUGCUGGUCCUGGUGGUGCUUGGCCACCUCCGGCCAGGUGGGCGCCCAUCACGCAGUGCCACCAACAUCUUCAUCCUCAACCUGAGCAUUGCAGACUGCUCUUUCCUCGUCUUCUGCGUCCCCUUCCAGGCCACCAUCUACUCCCUGCCCGAAUGGGUCUUCGGUGCCUUCUUCUGCAAGUGGGUCCACUACCUGGUCAUGACCACCAUGCUGGUCAGCAUCUUCACCUUGGUGGCCAUGUCGGUGGACAGGUACAUCGCCGUGGUGCAUGCCAAGCGCUCGCUCUGCAUCCGUAGCAAACGCAACGCCACCCUGGGCGUGGGGGUCAUCUGGCUCCUGUCUCUGCUCAUCGCCAUCCCGGUGGCUCAGCACCAGGCCCUCAUGAGAGGCCACCGGCAGGCACCCAACAGCUCCUUCUGCUGGGAGCAUUGGGCAGACAACCCUGCGGCCAAGCAGGUCUACAAGGUUACCAUUCUGGUGGUGGGUUACCUGCUACCUCUGGUGCUCAUCACCUGCUGCUAUGCCAAGGUUAUACGCCAUCUUCAAAAGAAGGUGAAGAAUAUUUCCAAGAAGUCAGAGAGAUCCAAAAGAAAGACAGCUCAAACAGUGCUGCUGGUGGUUGCUGUCUUUCUAAUCUCCUGGCUCCCGCACCACGUCAUCACUAUGUGGGCUGAGUUUGGCAAGUUCCCCCUGAACGAUAUCUCCUUCACCUUUCGCAUCAUCGCACACUGCUUAGCCUAUGGGAACUCUUGCAUCAACCCCAUCAUCUACGCUUUCCUGUCGGAGAAUUUCCGCACAGCCUGCCGGCAAGUCUUCACAUGCAAGGGCCUCCUUCAGCCGCCUCCUGCAGAGAAGAUGGUGAGGAUCCGCAUGGAGAACUUCUCCACUUCUCACUCAACAACCAACGUGUGACAUGGGGCGGGGAGGAAGAGCUAUCAGCAAAGGAAGAAACAGAAGAGAACACAGUAGUGUCCAGAAAUUCCUUGCACAGACGCAGAUA